GUAUCAAGCCCGCUACACUUCUCCAACAGCCGCUGAUUGCGUUGUCCCGCCAUGAUGCUGUUCCGUGGUUGUAAACUUUCAACACGUGUCUGAGACGUUCUUUUGGUACCCUCCAGCCAUUUGCUAACUGAAUCUAAUUAUCAUGUACUCAGAGUCGGAUGCGCCAGCUAUCACGGCCCAGUCGGCGGCUCUGCUUUCGGUGCUCUAUACACUAUGUUAUGUGAUUCCUUUUUAUCUGUCUGCAUCCACGCGGCCUUCGCCCCAGCUCUCACGGGAUGCACCUUCAGUGGUGCGGGCUCGGAUCCGGGCAGUCACGCUUUCUUGCGUUUUGAGUGCUCUUUUGACCGUCUACGUCGCAAUGGACUAUGGCAAAUCCACUCUUAGCAAUGCAUUGCGUCUCAUGGGUUGGUGGCCCGUUGCCCCAUUGGAGAUUGCAAAAGCACUUCUCCUCACGGCUGUAUUGUUUGUCGGACCAUUGUUCGAAAGCGGCAUUGUUGAAGGAGGAUGGAGGGACUGGAUUAGAAUAUCCACUCUCACUGAUACUAUGGGUAACUGGAUUGGCUGGAGAAAUUAUGUCGCUGGCCCCGUGAGCGAAGAACUUGUUUUCCGGUCAUGUUUGAUCCCUCUUCAUCUCCUGGCAAAGGUGUCUCCGGGGAGGAUUGUCUUCUUGACCCCGCUGUAUUUCGGCAUCGCACAUAUUCACCACUUCUACGAGUACAAGCUCACCCAUCCUUACACGCCUCUUUUGCCGGCUCUCUUGCGCUCGGUGGUCCAGUUUUCUUACACCUCCAUCUUCGGCUUUUAUGCCACCUUUCUCUUCCUUCGUACCGGUAGCUUUCCGGCCGUUGUGGUGGUGCAUAGCUUCUGCAAUUGGUGCGGAUUACCUCGCUUUUGGGGGAGGGUCGAGGCUGGCCAGCCCAUUGGUCCGCCGGACAUUAAAGGAAAAGACGAUGGAGAGAAUGUGCGAACCGUCCUCACAGGCAACCUUUCCGGGCAAGGUCAACUUGGCUUGGAAUGGACAAUCGCGUAUUAUUUGUUACUUGUUGCAGGCGCAGUGGGGUUCUAUUUUCUCCUUUGGCCGCUGACGAGUGGCGAGCGAGCACUGGCUUACUUUCAUUGAUUUUCGCCAGUUUUUCAACAAGUAGCAUAAAGCUUUCUUGAAGCAAGAACAAUGCUACGUUCGAGAAAGCUCAUCGUGUAGCAUGAUUCCAUGUGCUCAUCGUAAUGUCUUAUCGAAAUUGAAAGGCUUGUCUCAUAUUCUACCUUUCGAUGAUUCAUACAUAAUUCGUUAAGUUUAAGUCCGUUGCCAC